GCGACGGCGCCGGCGACGCAGAGAGCAGUGGUUUCUUUUCCCGCGCGUGUAGUGCGGACGCGGACGCGGACGCGGACGCGGCGCCGCAGGGACUUUGGCUGGCAGCUGGCUCUAUCUUUCGAGACCAUCGGCGGGGCUCGGUGCAGGGCAGGAAGUUUGGUCGCUACGAAUCAAACAAGUGUGCUCCAGUCUCGCGAUUGUGAGGAGCGUGGCAGCCGCCACCCGAAAUACCCAAUUAAGCGACAUGUAGCAUGCGUCCGCGUUAUGCGCAUUGCUGCAACAGACAUUAUAUUUUCCCUUGUUCCUCUGUUUCUGUGAUAAUAAAACUGGGUGACGCCCUGAGAGGCCAAACUCUUGAUUUAAGGAGAAUCUGUACCUGUACCGCCACAACAUUAUAAGUACAGCUGUUUUCAAUGUUUGUUGACUUUCCGUCUUCAUUUUCUGCUUAUGCUUGAACGGGACCCUGGGGCUGGAACUCAGAACUUCUUGACUUAUAAACGCGGUAAACGCGAGUAAAUUCUAAUUUUGGAUUCCAUUCAUUCUUCAUUGAGCACGCCUCUUCCCGUGCCUCCGCGCCUCGCGUCUGCGCACUCGUCGUCGCGCCUCGCCGCCUCGCCGGCUGGCCGUGCUCUUCUUUUUCCGCUUAUCGCCGACAAGCUUCAAGCUUCUCCAUGCCAACCCCCGAGCCAAGCCCCGCCGACUCCCUUAAGUAGCGGCGGCGAGUGCGGCUCGUGACACUGCUCGGCCAUCCUCGUCGCCAUCCUCGUCGCCAUCCUCGUCGCUAUCCUUGCCGCCAUCCUUGCCGCCAUCCUUGCCGCCAUCCUUGCCGCCAUCCUUGCCGCCAUCCUUGCCGCCAUCCUUGCCGCCAUCCUCGUCACCAUCCUCGUCGCCAUCCUCGUCGCCAUCCUCGUCGCUAUCCGUGCCGCCAUCCUUGCCGCCAUCCUCGUCGCCAUCCUCGCUGCCCCCUCGUCGCCAUCCUCAUCGCCAUCCUCGCUGCCCCCUCGUCGCCACCCUCGCCGCACCGGCUCUCCUCGGGUCUUCCCGGCACACCAUGUCCCCCAUCCUCCUCGCCGUCUUCUUCAUUGCCCUGGUGGCGUGCCUGCUGCGGCACGCGUUCAACAGGCCACCAAACUACCCGCCAGGCCCGCCGCGACUGCCCCUGUGGGGCAACCUGUGGCAGGUGAUGCUGCGCGACUACCGCAGCCCCCACAAGGCGCUGCUGGCCCUGUCCAAGGACUACUGCAGCGCGCUCAUCAGCGUGUACGUGGGCGCCUUCCCCGUGGUGGUGGCCAACGACCACGAGACGGUGCACGCCAUGCUGUCGCACCCCGCCUUCCAGGGCCGCCCGGACUGCUUCACGGCCAGGAUCAGGUCCUUCAACCGCCUGCACGGCAUCUUCUUCACGGACGGCGACUACUGGGCGCAACAACGGCGCUUCUCCCUGCGGCACUUGCGCGACUACGGCUUCGGCCGGCGCUUCGACAAGCUGGAGGCCAUGGUGCUGGAGGAGGUGCAGGGCAUCGUCAACAUCCUCAAGGGCAGCGUGUCGCCGUACGACAAGGACGUGGCGCGCGACGGCCGCGUGCUGCUGCCGGAGCUGUUCGCCGCGCACUCCACCAACACCGUGCUGGCCGUGCUGACGGGCACGCGCCUGCCGCCGGAGCAGUACCCACUGGCCCGCGACCUGUCCCGCCUCAUCAAGGGCUUCCAGCGCGCCGGCAACGCGUCCGGCGGCGCCCUGGACGCCACGCCCUGGCUCCGCUUCCUCACCCCCAGCGGCUUCGGCUUCAAGGACUACAAGACCGGCAACGACGCCCUGCUCGACUUCAUGUCGCGACAAAUAAGCGAACACAAGGGCUCCUUCGACGGGGAGGCCAUCCGAGGGUUCUGCGACAAGUACCUGCUGGAGAUGCAAGGACGCGCUGGGGAAAACUCGUCAUUCACAGAGCUGCAGCUCCUGCUCACCCUGAUGGACUACUUCUUCCCGGCGUCAACGGCCAUCCCCAGCGCCUUGGCCUUCGCCGUCCUCAACAGCAUCGCGCACCCGGACAAGGCGGACCGCGCGCACCAGGAGAUCAAGGAGGUCGUCGGCUUGGACAGAUUGCCAGACCUCAAUGACCGCGUCAACCUCCCCUACACCGAGGCCUUCCUCCGAGAGACGCUGCGCAUGACGGGGACCCCGCUGACGCUGAUGCACCGCGCCACCGAGGACUCGUACUUCCGGGGCUUCUACGUGCCGAAGGACACGCUGCUCGUGCCCAACAUGUGGGCGGCCCACCACGACCCGACCGUCUACGAGAAGCCGUUCGAGUUCAUGCCGGAACGCUUCCUGCAGCACCACAGCGGCCAGCUCAAGAGGAAGGACACCAGCGUGCCCUUCGGACUGGGCAAGCGGCUCUGUGCCGGCGAGACUUUUGCCCGGCAGAACUCGUUCCUGUUCCUGGCCGCCCUCCUGCAAGGCUUCCGCUUCACCAUGCCCGACGGCGCGGCCGUGCCCGAGACCGAGGAGGAUGCGGUGUUCGGCUUCAUCAUGACGCCCCCCGACGACCUCUGGGUCCAGGUGGCCGAGAGAGUUUGACGCCACAACGCCAUAACGGUCGUCAAGAAGCAGUAUUUGAUUUUCCUUGUAAAUUAUUGCGAUAAACAUUUCUGAUUAGGUUCUACGCAGGAAUAGAAUAAUGUAAUGAUGUAUUGUAACAGUUCA